GGAAUCGGGGAAUUCGAGCGGGUCGUAUAAGACAUUCCAAACUUGCAUGAGUGGUAUAGAUUACUAGAUACUUAUCCAGUUGCAGACACCAAUAUCAGUGGAGACGCCGCGGUAACACCAUGCCCGGAAGCAACCGGCAGGGUUAGCAACAGUAACACAGGCUUGCUGUGGGUUUAAAUUUGUUUCAUACCACGUACUAUUCCAGAGAUGACGAUUCAAUUUGUGACCUUUGGGAUGUUUAUUAUUGAUGAAUUUUCCUUUGCAGACGAGCAAGGGAAACCUACCGGAAAGACGGUAGCACCCCAGAUCGGAGGUGGAGGAACCUAUGCUAUUAUCGGUGCUCGCAUCUGGUUGUCUCCUGAUACCCUUGGAAUGAUCAUCGAUCGAGGAAACGAUUUCCCUCAGGACAUGCAGAAUCGGUUGCUGACAUACGGUUCCGACAUAUGGCACUUUCGUGACGACACAAAUCGCCUCACUACUCGGUCAAGGAAUUCGUACAAAGGACAAUUUCGAGGUUUUGAAUACAUCACUCCGCGGAUCAGACUGACGCCUCGCGACUUGGAAAGAACGCGGCUUACACGUCCUGCUUCGGUUCAUUUCAUUUGUUCACCCACGCGCGCGCUUCAAAUAGUAUCAGAGAUCCAAGAGGUUGAAGAAUGGAACCCGACCACAAUAUUCGAACCCAUACCUGAUAGAUGUAUUCCCGAGGAGUUACCUUCGCUGAAAGCAGUCCUCCCACAUAUCACAAUCCUCAGUCCAAAUGCUGAAGAGGCCCUGAGCCUGCUUUCUCUUCCGUUAAUUGUUACGAAAUCUGCCGUAGAAAAUGCUGCAUCAGAGUUUUUGAAGAUGGGUGUGGGUAAAGAAAAUAGUGGAAGCGUUAUAAUACGCAGUGGUGCCCUCGGUGCAUACGUCAUGACCUCUGACAAGAAAGGGCGAUGGAUUGACGCAUUCUGGAGUUCCGCUGAGAAUAUUGACAACUUGAUGGUGGUCGAUGUCACAGGUGAUUCUUUGGGCAAAUAUUCGCAUGGCCGUGAUCAUACUGAUAAAAAACUAGGUGCUGGCAACUCUUUUCUUGGCGGGCUCGCUGCGGGAUUGUCCAUCACAAACGGAAAUGUCUAUGAAGCAGCACUAUAUGCUUCGGUGUCAGCCUCUUUCACGGUUCAACAGCUUGGUCUUCCACACCUUACAGUAGGUUCCAAUGGAGUGGAAGAAUGGAACCAAGACUCUCCGCAUAGACGCCUUGAAGUUCUGCGGCAGCGACAAGACAGAAAUAUAAAAUAAAAAUCAUUAGAAGUACUGGUGUACAGCGUCCGAUACAACAAUAAUACGAAUCGCAGGUACCAUGAGUGUCCGCUAUCGGCUUCACCACCUAAGUUUCAGCAGAUGGCUGUUGCUGCCCCUGCGGUUGAGCGAAUCUUGCACGACUUGCAGCAAAAAGCUCUUCUUGCUUUGCCAUAAGUUCCUCUGGCGUUAAACCCGAAUCUUUUAUCUUGUCUGCCUUCUUCUCUCGGUCCUUUUGUUGCUGCUUGUGAUCUUUCAAGACAUCUUCAACUUCAGUUGUAAAGGAAUCGAAGCCUAGCCGUUUCAGUGCCGCGAUGAUAUGCUCCGGUGCUAUGGUCUUCUUGGAUUCUUGCUCACAUAUCUCGUUCGCCUCCGACGAGAUCAAGUGAAUAAAUU